CGGUCAAUUUCGCGUUUUCCCGCUUUUGUGUGUGCGUGUGUGUGAGAGAGAAAGAGAGAAAGAGAGAGAGAGAGAGAUUUGGUUCGGUUGAUCUGAAAGAAAGGCGGAAGAAGUGAUUAGCAAUGGAAGGAGGGAGAGGUAACGGAAGCGAUGCAGAAAGAGAUGAAGAUAACGCGGCCACCGAUUUGCUGAGAGAUCGAUUCCGACUCUGCACAAUAUCUAUUGCUGAAGCAGAAGUAAAAGAGAAUAAUCUGGAAAUUACUCAACCUGUGAUGACUUGUAUUUCAGACCUAGCUUUCAAAUAUGCAGAGCAAUUGGCUAAAGAUCUUGAAUUAUUCGCGCAGCAUGCUGGUCGUAAAUCUGUGAAUAUGGAAGAUGUAAUCCUUACUGCCCACAGGAAUGAGCAUCUUGUUACGUUAUUGAGGUCCUUUUCAAACGAUCUCAAGGCGAAAGAAGCUCUUUCUGACAGGAAACGCAAAAAGACAGUGAAAAGAGAUGGAAAGGUUACAUCAGGAAUUAUCAUUGAUCUUCCAGAUUCUUAAUUCAGUAUGGUCCAGAUAAAAUUCUCAAAUCUUAGAUCAUUUGCAGUCUAUUUAAUCAUUGACCCUUUGUUUUUUUUUGGUUGUCAUGGUGCUACAUUUAAAACUAUUGUGAUACAAAAUCUUGAUUGAUGAAAAAUUCUAUUAUUUGGAUUAAAUUGUUAAAAUUUCA